CAAAACGUGAGAGAAGGCGAGGGGGAGGGAAUAUGAAAGAGCCUACCUGCCUGACCGAGUCACCAACGACUCAGCUGGUGCGGAGGCUCCGUGUGUUGACCGAACUGACCUCCAGAAAUUGAACUAGUUUCGGAAGAUGGACGGCGUUAUGGAGAAGCAGAUGUUCGAUGCGAAUUGGACGUAUGCUUCUCUGAAAUGUUGCGCUCUUUCGUCAGGUGAGUCAUGAAGUUCCAAGCACCAGUUCCCCGCGGCUCUCAGAAGAUCACGGGGUCGUAUGCUAGGGCCGGUGAGACGGGUUUAUCUUCUGGUAACAGCAGUGCGGUGUUUCCGGAUGGACAGGUUCCGGAGAUUCCGGUUCUGAGGUCGACACGGCACUCCAGGGGGAAUCAGGAAUUCAUCGAGGAGCUCAGAACCAAAGCCGAUGAGCUCGAGAGGCUUUUCGCCGAGCAGAAGCUUCGGAUGUCCGACGAUCAGUUCAGUUCCAGAUGGAGGAGUACAGAUUUCAAUAGCCAAGCGAUUCCUCCUCGAGUUCACGAGAAGCAAAUCAUGACCGAGUCGAUAAGGAGUUCGAGUGGCCAGACAAAGUUUGGCACCUCUCCAUCUGUGAAGACGGUAGGUGAUCAGGAGGGCUAUGCCGAUACUAAUAGGAAAGAUAUAUCGGUUAAUCUGAGGGGGAAAUUCUAUGACGAGUACAUGCAGAGACGGGACGCGAAACUGAGACAAGAAGGGGGAUACAAAAGGGCACUGAAGGUGGCUAAGUUAAAGGACAUGCAGGCCGACCUUGAAAUGAAUAUUUCAGAGUUGAAAGCCAAACUUUCUGGGUCAGUGGAAGGACCGGAUUUAAAUUCUGGCGCACGGUCGCGUAUUGAGAAGCUGCGAUCAUUCAAUAUUCAGUCGAGCACCAGGAUGGACGAGUUUUCCUUGUCACAGCAUACGAGAGCAUUAUUCUGUGGCGAAGCAGAGAUUUAUCCAGACGGACAGAGCGAUGCAUCUCCUGGAGUUGGUUCUUCCAGGAGCUCUGCAACCAAGAAGCAUUUUUCACCUAUUCAAGAUCAGUCUUCCUCGAAACCUCAGACGACCACAGUGCCUGUCCCUCGGCCUUCCUUAAAACCCUCCAACUCCAUUUCUGGAAGGCGAAGGCCGCAAUCCGAAGGCUCUCUUGUGCGGUCACUUCCUGUUAUUCCCAAUUUCUCUAAUACAAAGAAAGAGAACAAAAAUCCUGCUCCAGGACUCGGUCGAACAGCGCCCCGCUCCCAAGACAGGAGCUUCCCCAGAAGCAAAAGCACGGGAGAAGAGACAAAAGUAUAUUGUGCAAAGGAAAAGACGACACGGGAUUCUCAGGCGACGAGGAAAAGCUCUUCCAGUCCGUCAGAGUCCAAGAAUUUGUCUGCUUGGAACUCCAAUGGAGCUAUCCUGGAGUCGGUGAGAUUCGAUGAAGAAUGGGUUCGUCCUGGCCUAAAUGAGGAACUUGUCAAAAGUGCCGAUUCGGAGGCCUUCCCUAGUAACAGCGAUAAUUUGAAAUACAAUGAUGAUUUUGGCGCUUUAGCCUUUGAGGCUGCUGACAUGGCUAAAAAGACUGAAAAUGAUGAAGAGAUCAAAAGUGGAGAAGUUAGAUAUCAUGCCACCUUAGAUGAUGGAAAUUCUGGAUCUCCCAAUGCUGACUCAAUUGGAUCUCAUUAUUCUGAUCUCAUGUCUGUUUCGAUGCUGCCAAGGUAUUACCAACACGACUUAUCAGAAAUUGAUGCUUCUGUUGAUUCCUCAGUUGGAAGCUCCAUAUCCUGGAGCGAGCCGAUGGUCCAUGCGGAGACCGGUCUUGUUCGAACAAGAAAGAAGUGGGGGAAUGCUCAGAAACCCAAUAUCGCCGGUGAUUCUUCCCAGAAUGAAUCUUCCAAGGAUGCGAAGAAAGGUUUUUGGUUGCUUAAGUUUGGAAGAAGUCAGGUGACAGAGAGUUCAGUCAAUAGGGUAUCUGCAUUGACAUCGGAUGGAGAUAACGCUAUUGAAGGCGGGUGUCGUCCUCCUCCCAAGAGAUCACUCGAACACUUGAGGCAGCCUGUUACAGGUUUUUUGCAGGAUCAUUCUUGCAGUGGUAGCUUUACUGCAAGUGAUUUGUUCCAGGAACAAGUUCAAGCCCUAAAUAGGUCUAUCCCAGCCCCACCAGAAAAAUUUAAGCUGAGAGAUGAUCAACAAUCACUGUCAGGAAGCUCUCUCAAAGCACCACGAUCGUUUUUCUCACUUUCGUCUUUCCGGAGCAAGGGAAGAGACUUGAAGGUUUACCACUGAGUCACUCAACUCCUAGUGAGAGUAUUCUGAUCUUUCCCUUUUCAGUGGUUCAGUGUAAAGGAGGAAUGCUUGCCAGAUGCAGACGUUUAGCUAGGCAUGCUUUAAGAUUUGCAUGAGAUCCACUAUUUACCACAGUGCUUGUAUACACCAAAUCAGUUAUACUGCGGAGCCAAGUUGAAUAUGCUGUAUGUUGUGUUGAAGUUCACAGGCACAACACCAAAUCUGAUUUUGGUAUUGUAUAGGCCGCAUUUAUUUCAUAUCAGAAUAUGGUACUGUUCUGUUAUUGAGAGUGAUAGUUUGGCAAGUGAAGAUGAUGAUGUGAUUACGUGCAAGCAAGUGCCAUAUUUUUUGCA